CGUUACCGCCUGGGUAUUGGAGCAAUGACUUGUCUGUAAAGAUUGUCACCCACCCUCUGAGCAUCUCAGACAGAGUUAGAAGUGUUUGAGACACGGAGCAAGGCGGCGAGACGCUGAGAUAACUGGACAAAACUCCAGGUAUUGAGAGAGAGAGAGAGAGAGAGAGAGAGAGAGAGAGAGAGAGAUGGAGGAGGAGAUGGAACCGGCGGACGAAGGUCUCUCUGCGCCAAAAAUCUGCAGGCAGCAGCGAAGCCCAUAUAGUUCUCUGAAGACCUUCCCGAGCAAGCGCGCGGCGGGCAAAGCGAGAUAUGACAGACCCACAAUGGUGGACAUCCUGCAGCUUGGAGAGCACCCUCAUCAUCUCGGUCAUCAUCAGCAGCAGUACUCACAGCGCAUGCCGCUUCAGCAAACCUCCCUGUCCAUCAGCAGCAGUCAGCAGCACCGUCUCUCCUGCAAAAUCAGGCCCAGCAGCAGAGUAGCGACAUCCAGCGCAGCAUCAUCAUCAGCGGCGGCAGCAGCAUCAUUUGGCAGCCAGAGGAGGGUCGCCUGCCAGGAGUCCAGCAGAUACCCUGCGGAUCGCGCCGAGUUCGGUAACCAGUCUCCAGACUGCACUUAUGGAAUAAGCUCAGAAAACCGGCUCAUAUUGGAUGCUUUUGCCCAGCAGUGCAGUCGAGUCCUCAGCCUCCUCAACAGCAAUGGACGGCUCCUUGAGCCCCAGCCUUACCUGGUUCCUCUAUCUUCUUCCAUCUCCACUCUCAUAAAACAAGAAGACAGCUGCCAAUCUUCAGGAGAGAGGCUCAGUACCAAGCCCAGACCAGAGGAGUCAUCCCGGGAGAACACAUGUGAGGAGAACCAAUGUGGGAACCACUGGAACCAGCAGCAAACUUCCACUUUCCUCCGGAUUUUCACAGAGUCUCUGCAGAACUACCUGAUCUCUAGACCCCAGUCAUCAGACAGUGAAAGGUGCCAACCAGUAGAAUCUGAGCCAGCAGUAUCAGGGUCACCUGGACAGAACUUGGGUGGCUGGGCAUCACCAGCACCAUCUGAGUCUUAUGGUCACCCAUCGUCCACACUGCCAGAGGAACAUGAGGAGGAGGAAGGAUGUUGUCCACGCUGUAUAGAGUUGGAACAGGAGGUUCUUAGUCUACAGCAGGAGAACGAGGAACUGAGACACAAACUGGACAUUAUACCAGCUCCUUGCCAGAAUGUUCUGGACUUCUUUAAGACUGUUCUUCAACACUACAACCAGUUUGUGCAGCCCCAGCCUGAAGAGCAGCUUACUGAGGGCAGUAAGCAGCUUCUGGGGAACUAUCCUCUCUUCAUUACCAAUAAGCAAUGGGACGAGGCAGUCAACUCCUCAAAGAAAGAUGGCAGACGGCUUCUGCGUUACCUGAUCCGCUUUGUGUUCACCACAGAUGAGCUGAAGUACUCAUGUGGCUUGGGAAAGAGGAAACGUUCAGUUCACACAGGGGAAACGGGACCGGAGAGACGACCUCUGAACCCUGUCAAGGUCACCUGUCUCAGAGAGUUUAUCCGGAUGCACUGUGCUUCUAAUCCUGACUGGUGGAUGCCUUCUGAGGAGCAGAUAAAUAAAGUCUUCAGUGAUGCAGUGGGGCACGCGCGGCAGGGCCGGGCUGUUGGCACCUUCCUGGGCAAUGGGGGCAGCGGUAGCAGCAGCAGUGGUAGUUUAUACAUGGAGAGCUACGAUGGGCAGCUCUCUCAAGAUGAGAUCUAUCUGAAGGGCUCACAGAACAGCCUGGGGGACUAAAGAAGACUCGUAGACCUAACGUUCAGCAUUCAAGUCAUGGAUCAAGGUGAAGGAGGAUUCCUUUGCUGUCAGUAUAGCUUGGAUCAUACAGACAGAUCGCAGCACCUACAUGAUGUUUCCUGUUUCUGUAUUGCCGAAUAGAAUCCUGAUUCCUGUCUAAUGUGAUUUCCUGACAAAACAGCAAACAUUCCACUCAUUUUGAAUUGUGUAUAGAACUCUUCCAUGUAUUAUUUUUUUCCCUCUAUGUUAUAUGGUUAUUUGUCACUGGGCAGCAGAGUUGGUUGAAUUCUGCUAGCUCUCUCUUAAGCAUAGAUCACAAUAGCAUUUACCAAUUUUUCUAAUCUUUUUUAAUGGAUCUUUGCUUUCUUUUCUGGUGUGAUUUUGGACAAUGGCAUCAUUCUAUGAAAAAUCAGGUUAAUUAUGUGGUCCAUUUCAUGUCUGUCUUUAGAAUGUGAUCCACUAAAGCAACAUGAAUGUAUUCAUAGUUAUUUUACAUCAUUGUAAAUAAUGAGGGCUUCCUUGCAUCAGAUUUUAUGUUCAUACAGAUGGCCUAUAAAUGAGGUGCUAUUAUAACGUUCAAUUAUUCUCUCAGAUAAGGCUGAAUUGUAAGUGCCACUCCCUAUUUUAUCAUGUGAAGUUGAAUAAUCUGUAAUGUUUUAAAAAACUGUGAUGUUGCAAAAAUCUGUUUCAUAGUGGCUGUACUCUACAACUCGUCCACGUUUGUGACUGUGAAAAUACACCUGUAAUAUAAUGUGGCUUCCUCAUCUUUACUCUGACUCUAGAGAUCCAGUAAGGAGGCUACUAUGUGUUGUUCUUUGUAAUUUGUGUUGCUUCUUCUGAACUCUAGAUGUCAGGAACCACAAAGAUCAUGUUUUAAAUGUAAGAUUUUUGAGCGUUUGCAGGAUCAAACCUAAAUACUCCAACCGUAAAAUAUGCCCAUUUGGAGCAAUGCUGUUUACUACAUAAAACAUUUGUAUGAAAUGCCUUAAAAAGGGACACCAUGUACCACUAAGAAUGACAAAUACUGCCAAUUCAAACUGUUGAUAAUCUAAUGGUAUUCCUUACAUUAGUGGCUUCUUGCUGUUUGUUGUUUUCAAACAAAACAAAAGUCUUUCUUUAACGCCCUAGACAAGUUAAGAUAUCCAAUAACAGAAUGUCUCUGUCUGUGAAAAUGUUCAUACAUCCAGUUCAUUGUAAAAUGUCUGGUAGAAUUUAGUAAAAGGCAACUUAAAGGGAUAGUUCACCCAAAAAUGAAAAUUCACUCAUCAUUUUCUCACCCACAUGCAAUCCCAGUUGUGUAUGACUUUCUUUCUUCUGCUUAACACACAUGAAGAUUUUUAGAAGAAUAUCUCAGCUCUGUAGGUCCAUACAAUGCAAGUGAAUGGUGACCAAAACUUUGAAGCUCCAAAAAGCAUAUAAAGGCAGCAUAAACUUAAUCUAUAAGACUCCACUGGUUUAAUCCAUGUCUUCAGAAGUGAUAUGACAGGUGUGAGUGAGAAAAAGUUCAAUAUUUAAAUCCUUUUUUACUAUAAACCUCCACUUUCACAUUCUUUCACAUUUCAAAUAGAUUUUAUGGAUUAUUUUUAUGCUGCCUUUAUGUGGUUUUUGGAGCUUCAAAUGUCAAGCCACCAUUCACUUGCAUUUUAUGGACCCACAGAGAUGAGAUAUUCUUCUAAAAAUCUUCGUUCGUGUACAGCAGAAGAAAGAAAGUCAUACACAUCUGAGAUGGCACGAGGGUGAUAAAUGAUUUGAGAAUUUUCAUUUUUGGGUGAACUAUUCCUUUAAUAGUAAACAUUUUGAAUACAUUUUCCACAUGCUUCAUAAAUUGUCUGAUGGUGGGGAAUCCCCAGCAUUCAAAUCGGCUAUAUACCACAUCACAGACUCGUGAUGGUUGUGGCAGUUUCAUAUCUGAAGAACUGAGACUGAAGAAUUAAUCCGCUACUAACAAUGCCGUCCGAAUGAUUUUACCUCUAAUGUUUCCAGAAGUCAGGUUCAGGUUUAAAUGACAGGGAUUCCCAUUCAGCUGAUAAAGUGGCAUAAUGUCUUAAAUUAGUUAUUAUCCAAGUUGCAGUUGCAUUUGACUACCAGACAUAACCAGUAAAAACCUUUGUUGUCAUGAUAUGUAACCUGUUAUGAUUGUACAAAUCCAUGUUGAUUGAAAAUUGUUAGUCCUAUAGUCCAGUGGUUUUCAAACUGGGGGCGUGGAGUCGUACUGUAAGUCACACAGGCCAUUAUUGAAAAAAAAGAAGUGAUUUUUGGUCUAAAACUUGAAUUUUGACAGUUUUGGGUCAUCAUAAGCCUGUUUGAUGUCCAAGUACUCUGGUUCAAACAAGUAAGGCUGGACAUAGAAAUGCAUCUCCUCUUUGACUUCAAACUCUUUAGACAUGUUUUGUAAGUUCUGUUCUCUGGUUUGUAUGCAACUGUAUUGUGUUAUGUUGUAAAUAUCACUGUGGUGGACCUUUUAUAGAUAAACAAAUUUAGUUUUUGCAUGAACGCGCCAUCUCAGGAGCAGGGGCAGUGUAACUGCUGCUCUCGUGCACUCUCAGAGAGCAAUGAUUUUCACUAAUUAACACAUUAGAUUUUGGUUUAUUUCUCACUGAAUAUUAUCCUAUUCCUUCAGAACAAGACAUGAGUCGCAUACAAUCUUUAUUAGACUUCUGAAUUAUACUUUUGCGUCCUUUAUGAUACUUGAAGAGGUGGUCACCGUUAACUGCCAUUAUAUGACAUCACUGAGCACAAUUUGUUUUCACAGUUUCUCCCUUUCUGUUAAGAAAAAUAAAUAAAUAAAGUCUUAUAGGGUUAUAACAACA